AUGUAUCGGAAGUUGUCUAAGUUAGAACACUCGGAAAUAAAACAACUUCUUACAGAAGCUAAUAUAGAUGUUGCAAAUCAUUACGCAACAAACAAAAAAGCACUCGCUGACAUCCUCAAUGACUAUAAUGGUGCAAUAAGUUAUGAUAGAAUUCAUGAGUUCAUAAAGCCGCAACGCGGCGAGGACGAAGUCCAUGCAAGAGCAUUUCCUUUAAAUGACGUUGCUAUUGACUUAUAUCAUAGACGUUCAGUACCUCAUGAAGUAAGAAGAGAAAUGUUUGACAUAACAAAUGCAAACGUUG